GCCUGGGAGCCUCCAGAAGCCCUGUAAAAGAUGUUCGAGUGAAGACAGAGCCCAGAGGGGAGCAUCACGGGACUGACCAUGACAGGGAGGUCAAACAGAGCCAGACUAUGAUGUCAGACUCCAGCAGAAGCAGUCCUCUCAGUGUUCCCUAUGUGAGAGUCAUUAAGCAGGAACCCAUGUCCCCAGAGACCGUCCCUAGAGAUGGCCUCCUCAGCCAUCUCCUAAAGCAGCCCAGGGCUGUCCUCUUCAGCACCCCAGACAACUCUCAGAAGGUCUCCGUCAAGGAGGAACAGCAGGAGCACCCAGGGCCAACCAUCCCUAAGAAGCGGAAAUAUUCCAUGGAGCCAAAAGCACACCCCACAGGGAGUGAGACUUGUGUGAGUCCUGACAACCUUGACACUCAGAUGGUCAACAACAAUGGCGGCAGUGGCGCCUGCUCUGCCUCUGGGUUGCCUGGCAGUCCAGAGGUCAAAGGUCCUCGAAGCCCUCCCGUAGCAGACAGCCCACCGGUGAAGUGCCCUGUCAGUGAGUCUCCUCCAAGUGACAGCCGUGGCUUUAAUGUGCUGAAGCAACUCCUGCUCUCUAACAACUGUCUGAGGGAGCGCUCUCAGCCGGGAGGCCCCACAGGCUCUCCCAAGCACAGCUACGUGCUCAACGGCAGCAGGGUCCCUCAGCCUUCUGGACACAGUGCUGAAGCUGCUGGCCAGAGCCGUAGUCCUGUCCCACUGCAUGGUCCAGCUGACCCAAGGUCACUAAAUGCUGGGUUUAUGAGCCAUAGUGCUCCUGGAUCACCUUGGGGCAUUCAGGGGACACCACAGUCUCCAAAACCAAAACCUGCCCCUACUGGUGGGGACGAGGAUCCCUCCCAACCAGACUCACCUCGACUGAUGAGGUCCAACCCCAUUUUAUACUACAUGCUCCAGAAGGGCAACGCAGACUUGUUGAAGGAGCGUGAACGGAGUCGGACAGCAUGUCAGGUGCAAUUGAAGGUAAAAGAGGAACAAUCUGCUGAUAUGAAGGACUUUGAGCACACCCUGAACCCAAGACACACGGGAGAGGAUCAGAGUGAGACUCAAAGUGAGACUCCGAUGCUCAACGGCUCAUUGAAGAAAUGCCAGUGAUCGAAUCAACAGUCAUGUCAAUCUGUGGAUGUAUAUUGACUAGACAAGACAUUUCUUUGUGUCUGUUUGGCUUUCCUCCCCUUUUUAAUCUAAUUAUUUCUAAUACAGGAAACAAUUCCCAGACAAUAGCAAAACAUUGCUUUUGCUUUGCUUGUUGUUUACAUGUAUAAUUUAAAAGUGUUUCACAGAAGAAACAACCAUCUCCAUUCAUCUAUGACUGAGCUCCAUCCACUUGAUGAUCUCUUGGUUUUGUUCUUGUGUUAUAUAUACAUACUCAAAGCUGAUUGGAGCAUUUUAAGCUAUGUUACACUUUUUUUCUUUUUUUUACUUGCAGAAUACAUUUAAUAUUAUCCCUUUCUGUGGGAAGUGCAACCAAACAAUACUUUUAAAUAUUUGACAAUGUUUCACUAAAACUGAUACAAAAAAAAAAAAAAUUGUUUAUAUUUGUGAGACUGUGUCUCAUUCUCAGAAACUAGCAUUUUUUUAUUUCAAAGAAUGACCAUUUGAAAUCUGCAGCUGAGGUUUGUAAUAUUACAGAUGCCCUCUUACUGAGCCAAAUGGGAAUCGAAUAUCAGUUUCAUUUAGUCAGGGAUGGUGCAAUGCUGAUGGGUAAGUGUUCUAAUGCUGUGACAUAUUGUUUCCACAUUUCAUGGUACGUGAUGUGGGCUGAGUACACUUUGUAUUUUUUUUCUUAAGCCUCUUUAAUUUAUUCAUUUAGUCAACUGUUUGGUGAACUGCUUGAUGUAAGUUGUUGUAGCAUUUGAACUGUGCCAACAUGUCAAUUUUUAUAUUUUUGUUCUACUUUUAUUUCUUUUCUUUUCUUUCAUUGUCUAAAAGGGGCAUACUGUAACGAGAUGAACCCGCUCCUUCAGUCAGCGUUGGUGAAUAAACAUACACUGGACAAGUGCAGUCUCUUCGGUAGAAACAUUGGUUUGCUGUCAGGUGACUCAGAUCUCCAUGAGGUGGCCAGCCCAGGUGGACUAUGAGGAACACCCACAUGUCUGCUCCUAGUCAAAGCUAGUUUGGGUCGUGUUCUGGGUGUGCUGGAGGGAGGUCAAAGCUAGUUUGGGUCGUGUUCUGGGUGUGCUGGAGGGAGGUCAAAGCUAGUUUGGGUCGUGUUCUGGGUGUGCUGGAGGGUGAUCAAAGAUGCAAAAGGUUUUUUUUGUGUCCCAGAGAAAGUUCGCUGACAUGUUACAUUUUGAAGUCUUACUUUUUCACACAUAGGUGUUAGUUUCAUUGCUUUUCUUUCCCUCAAAAGAUUUGUCAUAGACUCAUUAUGAUCUAUAUUUCUGUAAAUAGCCAAAACUUUAUGAAAGAUGAGCUAUUUUGUAUGGAUGAAAGAGAGAUGUUUUAAAUUCCCAGAGGAAAUAUGAACACUUGUGUGACACUGUACAUAACUUUGAAUCAAAUGAAGCUCUUUUUGUUUCCAGUCCCUCUUUUGCAUGUCUCUACAUGGUAAUCUUACAGUAAUCUGUUCUGCGACAUGUUGUGUUAUGUCUGAUAUUGACUGCCUGUUGCAUGAUGAUGCAUGGGAUGGUCCCCGUGGAAAGCUGGACAUGGGGAUCUUCUGAGUCUUAAAGCAUAGGUAUUUUGUCAUGAAGCCCAUAGCAUUAAACAAUGUGAUUUGUCUGUCAGUCAUAAGAAGUAGACUGCUGAACAAAAGAUAAAAGAAGAAAAAAAGAGAAACAGUUUAAAACUUUGGAAACAGAUGUGCAUUAUAUUUGUUUUUGUCGUUUUGUUUGUUUUUAUUUCUUUGUUUGUUUUUGUUUGUUUGUCUGUUCGGACUGUUUUUUCCUUUACAAGUAGAAAACCAACAAUCAAGCUCUACACAGUACAAGUGCUAAAAUCAAUUAUUUUGGAGCUUCAGAAUGAACGCUUGUUUAAAGAAGUAUAUAAAUAUAUACAAAUAUGUAUUGUUUUCUUGCAGGAGAACUGCUAUAUUAUGAUUAUGGUUAUUAAUAUUAGCAUUUUUUUUUAUGUUUUCAUUUUUUGGUGUUUACUUGCACAGAUUUUAAAUAAAGUACUAAAAUGCA